CCAAUUCCGUCCACGUGGCGCCAACAGAAGCGCUUCUUCGCUGCUUCUUCACUGUCGCAUAACGACUGGGGAGAACGCGCGAGAAAGAGAGAGCGAUCGAGGAGCAGCGAUCGAGGAGAAAGAUUUAGGGUUAGGGUUAGGGUUUGGGGGGUCGUUCGGAAAGAGAUAUGAGCUUCUAGGGUUAGGGUUUUGUCGGUGGUGGCGCUUGAUGCGUGUUGUUGAGGGCGAAGAUGCUCCCCGGCUCCAUGCGCAAGUCGUUUAAGGACUCGCUCAAGCUGUUGGAAGCUGAUAUCCAACACGCCAACGCACUUUGACUUGCAGGCUUCUUGCACGCACACAUGCAUCUCAAUCCGCCCUUUCUAGUGGGCUUCUGAAUUUCCACGAGAAUAUGAUGGUGGAUGCCUCCAGAUGCGAAUGUCUUAUAGUCCUGCUGCACACUUGUUUCUGUUUCUGGUGCAAUGGACAGAUUGUAGCCUUGCUGGCGCCCUUGGUCUACUCAGAAUUCUUAUUUAUAAGGUUUAUGCUGAUGGGACAACGACCAUGUCAACUCAUGAACGGAAAGCUAGCAUUAGAGAAUUCUAUGCUGUGAUAUUUCCGUCUUUGCUGCAACUGCAAAGAGGAAUAACUGACAUGGAAGACAGAAGGCAAAAGACAAUGUGCUUGGAAAGGUAUAGGGGGAGGGAUGAUAACGAAAAGAAGCAACUCUCAGAUAUAGAUUCUGAAAGAGAAGAAGAAUGUGGUAUUUGCAUGGAGAUGAACAGCAAGAUUGUGCUACCUAACUGCACCCAUGCAAUGUGCAUGAAGUGCUACCGUGACUGGAACUCGAGAUCACAAUCGUGUCCCUUCUGCCGUGACAGCCUGAAGGAUGUUAAGUUGAGCGAUUUAUGGGUAUAUACUGACAAAAGAGACGUCAUUGACCUGACGACAGUGUCAAAGGAUAAUCUCAGGCGCCUAUUCAUGUACAUAAAAAAAUUGCCUCUGGUAAUCCCGGAAGCCAUUCUUUAUUCCUAUGAUUCCCAUGUUAAAUGAGCUUCUGCUGGUUUCAACUAUACAUCCUUGUUGUAGCAGUAACAGUCUUAUCUGUCUCUUUUGUAUUGAGCCAAUCAGAUUAAUUAUCAUCGCUAAUUCGUGCUACGAAGGAAAAGUUCUGCAGCUUCGGAGCAGCUCAUAGACUUGAGGGAUCUUUAGUGGAGGUAUCUGUAGAUUCUAUCUAGAGUCCUAUAUAAAAUCUCUGUAUAGCUCGUUGGAACCUUUUUCGCUUUUCACUUACUUUCUUCAAAAUUGAACUAAGAUGGUGCUAGUCUGAAAGUAGCUAGCCUUUUGUAUUUGCCUAUUUUUCUGCUGUUUUUUUAAGGUAGAAAAACUUAUACACGACCUCUCCUGAUAAGAUUGUUUAGUUACAUGCUAUCAACUUUAAAAGUUCUCUCUUUUGUUUUUUCUGACUUCCUUCUUCAAGACUCUCAUCUCUUGUUCUGUUACAUUGAAUUUCCUUCAAUUCUGGUGGCUCUCCUAUUAGAGACCGUUUGCUUGGAUGUAAUUGUAAAUAAAGUGUAGUUGAAAAUGUAUGCAAUUGGAAGUAUAAUAGUUAUAAUUACAUA